AUGAAGAGGAGCGGUGGUGGCGGCGGCGGCGGCGGCGGCGGCAACACAGCAUCGUGCAGAAAACGAAUAAUGUACUUCUCGGUCGUUGUCAACGAUUUCCUUUCUCUUUCACGAAGCAUCGCGACAGCAGACACCAGAACAUGCGCACGGAGUACCAUGCAGCUUAGAUGCCUCACGCCCAGCAUCGGCGUCAGUCAGCAAUGGAAAUGCCAGAGUGAGAGUCAGAUCCAGGUCCCGGAGAGAACUGGCGAGCGGUUGCCGAUCGAAGAACGCCUCCCCUUACCCUACCGCUCCUUCCCUGCAAUUCCCCAGUCAUAG